AACCGACUGCGCCCGAUCCUUUAAUGCGAUCUUUCCUUUCUAUGAGACCUCUUUCACUUGCAACACAGCCGUCUCUACAUCAUGACACCUUGGUAGGACGAUGGUCGCCACGAUUUUCUGAUCCCCAACUGAUAUCGACCUUCGAAGACAGGAAACCGCCGAUCCAGAGAGUUCAACAGAGACACUGAAGACAGGCCCCAACGGGGUCAAGGGUGCUACCGGAAUGCCUGCGCUUCUCCUCCGGUCGCACCUCAAGGUCGUCCGGGGCUUCUCUCGACGAUCGAAUCUAUAUCGCAAUCCACAACGCCAACAGUCCUCAACCGCAGCAACGCCCCAUCCACCCGCGAACCCUAAGACUGCAGCGCAAGGCGAUCCCUUAGCACAGAUAGAGACACAUUCGGUGCCGCGUGUUAGCCAACAAGGACCCAAGCCGGAAAUCCCCAUUCCCGUGCCGAGCAUCGUUCCUCCGCCGCCAUUUUGGCAACGUUUGGGACCGCUAACUCGCGCGGUACAAGCGUAUGGGCGGGCGCAGCGCGCCCGUCCGUGGGUCACCCAGGUCGCUAGUACCCUGGUUGUGUAUCUCUGCGCUGACUUUGGGGCUCAGUGGAUCUCGCGCGGUGGAAUAGAUGAAGUUGACAAUGAAGUGAAGGGGCAAGGGACCGGUGCGAAAAAGGAUCACGAAAUCACGACAGAAGCAGGGAGAAAACAUGACUGGGCGCGCACUGCUAGAUCAUUGGCUAUUGGGGGCACGGCUGCUAUUCCUGGCUACAUGUGGUGAGUUCGACCUGAUCGGUUUUAUCCUCUCGUUUGGUGCUUGGAAGAGAUCCUAUGCGCCAAAGGCUGCUGCUAAUAACUAUAUCUGUGGACAGGUUUACAUUCCUCUCUCGCUCGUUCAACUAUUCCUCCAAAGUUCUCUCCAUCGGCAUCAAGGUUACUGUGAAUCAACUUCUGUUCACGCCACUCUUUAACGUGUAUUUCUUUGGAGCGCAGUACGUUUUA